AUCGCGCAGCUCUGGCGUGCACGCGGUGAUGCAGCCCAGCUACUCGACCUGCUCCAGCAUCAGCACCACGCGCUGACUCACGAGCUCAGCCUCUGUCCUGCACGCGCAACCUGGACGCACUUUACAGCUUUUCGGAUUUACAUACAUUUGCAGUGAGUUCGUCGAUUCUGAAAACCAGGGAGGCUAACAGAAAUUACCGAUCAAUUUGUACCAACAUGGACGCGCUAAUGAAAGGGUUCUCGAAAGCAAAGGACGGGGUUGUGGCGGCCGCAGAAAAGACGAAACAGGGAGUGAGUGAGGCAGCCGAGAAGACAAAAGAAGGGGUAAUUUUCGUGGGCACCAAAACAAAGGAUGGAGUUUCAUCAGUCGCAGAGAAGACUGCGACCCAUGUGUCGCAGGUGGGCGGGGCAGUAGUGACCGGAGUGACAGCUGUUGCCCAUAAGACUGUGGAAGGAGCUGGUAACAUUGCUGCUGCUACUGGCUUAGUGAAAAAGGAGGUGGAUAAGCAGGAUGAAACGAUGUCCCAGGAGGCCUUGGUGGAGAACACAGGCGAGCUACAGGUGGACCCUGACAACAGCUAUGGAGUUGUACCUGAGGAGGGCUAUCAGGGCUACCAGGAUUAGGUCAAGCAGCAACUCAAACAGGCACAAGAAACAUUCCACUUUAUGCCGGCCCAGCGUGCUCUGCCCAGCCGCGCUCCUCGUCCCAGUCCAGUGUACCGCGUGUACUGUGUGUGCGUGGGCGUGCGUGUGUAUAUGUUUUGGUGCACAUCCGGCCGUGCACUGAUGUCCCCCCUCUGUAUAUGCUGUUCGUCCUUGUGGACCUGCUGCUGGUUUGGCGCCCCCUAUCUCCUACUGGGGUGAGUGACCGGCUGCAAGUUGGUAAUUGUGUUCCUUGGGGGUCCGUGGCUUUAAAAUUAAUCCGAAUAGCAGAAACCUAAGUGUCUAUUGAUUUCAUGCAAGACCAGUUAUGUCUGUGACUUAUGUCAAUGUAAUGCACUUAUGUAAUGAAAUAGCACUAUAUUUACGACAGGUCAAUGUACAAACUGAAAUGCAGAAUGGUGUGUGUAUUCAAAUCACUGACAUGGAGCAGUAGAUGGGGACAGGGGAGUUGUUUAUGUUUUUAAGUGUUUAUAAAUAAAGUGUUAAAUCUA